UCAGACUACUUUUAUUUAAAGACUGAUGUAAGAGCUAAUCGCUUAUUCGCAUAAGUUUUAGACUUAAAAUUAUUUUUAAACUUUAAUAAGAAUCUGACAAAAUUUUAAAACCUGUGCUCCAACUCGACUGAAGUCUAAAACCCCACCUAGUAUUCAUACUCUAAUGAGGAAAAUAACCAACCAGCUGAUGACGAAUAGUUUAUUCAAGGGCUCUACGAACGAUAUUUCCUACAUCGUGAUUGCAUUCAAAAAUUACAUCAUAAAACCGUCAGAAUCUUUGAAAAAGAUAGAAACAUUCACUUAUGAGGAUGAACCAACUAGAGAGAAUGAAAUACCCUUAAACGCCAAAGUUACAACUAUUCUGAAAGAUGAAGCAGAGAUAAGCUCGAUAUGCUUUAAGAGGUCUUCUUCAAAGAACGAGAAGAAGAAAUACUUAAAAAUCAGAAAGGCCUUUACAACAAAUUUAGAGCCUUUGGCAAUUAACUAGACUCAAUAGUCUGGGCAUUAGAUAAUAUUUAGG